AUGAUUACGCCAACAACUAUAGAUUCUGAAACUGCCACACAAGAACAUGUCGAAUCGUUAAUGCAAGAAAAUACCGCCAAAGCUUUGAUACGCACAGAAUCCCAACAGCAACCAAAAGCACAAAAACGAUCGAUAUUACAAAGAGAUAAACGACAGACAGAAAUAUUUCCCUACGGCAACUACAAUCGAUACUACGGGUACCGUAAUCAUAAUGCCACUCCUGCGGAAUGCCCCCGUUUGCAGGCAUUCGUACAGCGGCGUGAAUUGUUUGAAUCGAAACGGAUACUUGACAUUGGCUGUAAUAACGGAGCGCUCACAGUGCAGCUAGCGUUAGCCUGCAAACCUGCCUCGAUCGUUGGCAUCGACAUCGAUGGUGAGCUCAUCAAGGAAGCCCGUAAACUUUGGAAAACAACAAUAAUUACUGACAGCAAAAUGGGAGCCGGUAAUGGUCGCACAAUGAAGCUGGAUAUGGUACAAUUUCGGCGUGCCAACUACAUCUACGAUGAUCCCGCACUGCUCGAACUAGAAAAGCCACAAUUCGAUGUCAUCCUAUGCCUUUCGGUGACCAAAUGGAUGCAGCUAAACUUUGGCGACAGUGGGCUGAAAUUAGCAUUCUCGCGCAUGUAUCGCCAAUUGUUUCCGGGCGGGGUACUGAUACUAGAAGCACAGCCAUGGAGCAGCUACAAACGUCGCAAAAAGCUAACCGAAACGAUAGCACAAAACUAUUACACCAUCAAAUUCUCACCCUCGAAGUUUCAGCGAUUUUUGCUGAGUGAUAGCAUCGGGUUUCGUGACUGUACCGAUAUACCGGUUCAGCACCAUUCGACAAAUGGCUUUGAGAGAUGCAUACAUAUGUAUAGAAAAUGA